AUGAGCUCUAAGCUUGGGCAAACUAAGAUGCUUGCACCUUCACGCCCAGCCCUACGGCAGACCACCAUCAACAGCUGCUUUCGUCAAGAGACUCAUCGCGUCAAGAAGACAUCGCCAAAGGCGGCCAAGACCAAAAUCGCGUCGCCUGCCAAGCCCAAGUCAAGCCCGCCGAGCAGCAGUCCCAAUUCUGAGCGCGUCGACACCGACGUCCUGCUGGCCAUCAAACCCGUCCACCUCGCCAACAUUGCCAGCCAGCAAAAGAACCACGAAUACCGCAAGUACAGACUUCGCGAUGGAAUCACGCGUAUGUGGUUCUACGAGACCCGUGAGGGAGGCCAGGGUCGAUCGGCCAUCACCCACAUCGCCGUGAUCCCGCCUACGGUCCGGCACACCCCCGGCUCGGUGCCCACCGAGCCCUUCGGGAUCGGCAACGACGACUUCAACCAGGGCUUGAAGCAGUCCAAGUACGGAUAUCCCAUCUUGGAGCUUUAUGAGCUGAUUGAGCCCGUGACGCUGGCCGAGAUGAAGAACCGCUGGGGGAUGGGUUCGCCGAUGGGAUGGCGCUACCUGGCCGCGGGCUUGUGGGAGGAUCGCUGGGGUAGCGAUGAGGCGGGCAGGGCUGAGAAGGUGCGCAGGGUGUUUUGA